AAAAGACCGAAAGCUUCAAUCACAUCUUGGUGGCCCGUCUUUCCCACUUAUCUUUGACAACUUGCUUUUCUACUCUCCGCUCCCUCUCUGUGCCCUUCCUUCCCGUGUUCGACUCUCCCACUUCCACCGCAUUCUCCAUACUAGUUGUUGCUGGUCACGCUCUUGCUUCGUGUUACAAUGACAACUGCUAAGAAGGACCAAGAGUUGGCUGAAGAGGCCCUCGACAAAGUGACGACGGAGCCAACAGCCUCCAAGAAUAAGCAGAAGUGCAGGCACCGCGCCUCCGUUGCCUGUGCAUCCUGUAGAGAUCGAAGAAUUAGAUGUGUUGUUCCACCAGGAGAGACAGAAUGUACACAAUGCAAGAGAUCAGGCAUCGAAUGCAUAAUCCGUAACGAUGACGAGCGCAGACGACCGAUAUCGCGGGCAUACAUGUGCUCACUAACGGAACGUGUCGCCUUGCUCGAAGGUAUGCUACAAGAACGAGGCGAGACGAUUCCGCCCGCAAAUCACCCUCCAAUGACCAGACAUGGUCCUCGACCUGAAGACCAGUCUCCAGCAUCCAAAUCUCGUCUACAGCAGCCCGUUGCUACGAAGGUAAAUGAUAAUUCAAGCCCCGGCAGUUUCAACGAUGAUUUUCUUGAUAAUGAAAACCACGAGAAUGGCUCGCACCGUGGUGAAGACAACGACUCAGCAGCAUCUGCUUCUUCCCCUUCAAUGCUUCCUCCACCCCAGAAAGAUGGCAUGGUCAGUAGGCUUCUCUCGACUCGUGGCCAUUUAAGCUUCGAUCAACUUAGUGGCCGACUUCGAUAUUUUGGACCAACAACCAAUUGCCACGUGCAUUCAGGCCAAUCCACACUAGCUGAAGACACCAGAGAGACUCUCGAGCAGGCUCGACGUACGGAGAAGGUCAUUAGGUUUCUUUCAGAGGAAACCUACAACUACCUGAUGGAUCUCUUCUGGGGCUAUUACAACAAUGUUAUUCAUGUCUUGCAUAAAGAUGCAUUCGAAGAUGACCGAGAACACGGACGGACCCAGUUCUAUUCUGGGUUUUUGCACAUAUGUGUGCUCGCCAUGGGUUUCCGUUACGCAGACAAAAGCCGCCCAGAUAUGCAGAAGAUUGCCAUCAGCCAGUACGAAAGCACUCUGCACCGAGAGGCGAAAUACAUGCUCGAUGCAGAACUGGAACGACCCGGCGGCAUUCCACUCGUCGUUGCGCUUCUGCUCCUCGGCGACAUGGAGUGCCAAGUUGGCCGUGAUAACACUGGCUGGUUGUACAGCGGCAUGGCAGUUAGAAUUGCUUUCGAUAUUGGUUUGCAUCUAGACACCGGCUUAACAGGGCUCUCAGAACGCGAGGUUGAAAUUCGACGAAUGACUUUGUGGGCUUGUGUUAUCUAUGACAAAUAUUGGGCGCUGUUCCUCGGUAGACCAACAAGCAUGAAGAGCAGCGACCUAGAAGUUGCACGACUAGCGAAGCAGUUUGAACGACUCGGAACAUGCCUUCCCGCUGGUCCUGAGAAGGCAUUGGAAACACAGAUCUACGAAGCAUUGCUUGAUCUGAUGGAACUCGCUGGCAAGAUCACCGAAAACAUGGAUCCACGCUCGCAAACGGAUGCCAACAUCGACCGAGAAGCAUAUCUACGAAUGGCAGCCUUGGAUCGUGAGUUUGGGAACUGGUACCAGCGAUUGCCGGAUAGGCUCAAGUGGAAACCAUCGAACAUUAAUAGCGCACCAUUUUCUUUCUUCUUAUUGCACCAGCAGUAUCACGCCGCGCUUAUUUUGCUCCACCGGCCAUUUGCAAUGUACGAAGAGCCUGGCUCGGAUAGUCAAGAGGGACAGAUCCCGGAUAAUCACUUUUCGGCACUUUCUCGCACUGUGUGCACCAAGCAUGCAAUUCGGGUAGCUCGUAUUUUCUGGCAACACAGACAGCGCUUCGAGACACGGCAUUGCUUCAUCACUGGACUGCAGCACGCCGGCACAGCAGCCACGGCAUUGGUCGCCGCGCUGGCUUAUAUCAAGGACAGCAAUGACCGACACAACAACAUGCAGUAUCUGGACUGCCUAACUUCUUCGCUGCAGGAUCUUGCCUACACAUAUCAUCCAGCUGAGCGAAUGUUCCUUGUGUUACAAGCUGUGACUGCCGAGCUGCGCGGUAAUCCGUAUGACGCUGAUGGCUUCCGCAAGCCAAAGGGCGUCAUGGUACCGGCACGACGACCUAGCACAAAUGUUGACGAUAUGGAACCACCAACAUUUGUUAAAAGGCGUCAUGUUGCACGGGCUCAGUCGAGGAGCAGCUUGUCAUCCGUGAGACGUCCAAGCAUGAAUUUGGAUCAGGUUGACCCUACCCUGACAAAUACUCUUAACCGCAAGAGAAGCGAAUCGGAGCUCGAUCGACCGGACAGCUUCGUCAUGGUGACUCCUUCCAGCGAGACUGCUAGCUGGCACACGCUCUCAACUGAACCCGUGCCAACGCCAGGAACACUGCCUCCUAACUUCAUGCAGAAGCCGACUUGGGUGAAUUCGGACUUGGAUUCUACUGACAUCAGCAAUUUGGCAACAGUCCAUUUCCCAGAGCUGCGAGACCUUCCCACCAUCGACCCAGAUUCCGAACCAAUCAAUAGCCAUCUCGAUUUCAUGAACCUUGGUGGCGACGAGUGGCGAGACUGGCAACCAUCUGGCGCCGGUACGCUCCGUACAGGAGAACUCGAUGGCUUUCCCCCAAUGAACACUUUUGCUCUUACGCCAGGAAAGUUUGAGCAAGCGAUGAGUGCAAGCUUUGGUACUGCAGAGGCUUGAAUUUUUUUUUUUUUUUUAAAAAAAAAAAAGACUGCUGAAUAUGGUUUUCCUAGUUAGCGGCCCUUUAAAUUUCACGUUGGCUUUUAAAGGAUAUAAGAAACGUAAAUUAACGAUUCUUCCAGUUCAAUCUUUAUGCUGUACGGUGAGGCUUCUUUGUAUUUUAAACAAUAAUGAUACCAUGACUUGAAGGCUAAAAGGAAGUUUCUGUAAAUCAAUUUAUAUUACUGAGUUUUUAAUA